CCUGACACGCACACACGGACACAGCAAUCACUGCAACUCCGUAUAUGAAACAUUUCUGUUGUUUUCUUUAAUGUCGUUUUAUUCGUUCAUGAUCUGCGGAACACCAUUUAAAGUUCCCACCGUACUUUCCUAAAAGUUUUGACCGGACUAAAAUCCAAUUUGGACGGAUAAACCAACAAAGAGCGUUUGGGGAGGACAGUGCGCUGGCGCGCCAGCUGGCAGCGAGGAGAAACCGCAGAAGAUGGCCGUGCGCGCUGCCUCCGCGCUUCUCCUGCUCGCCUCGUUGGGAAUAUUGGGAAUAAACGGACAGUACGGGGACCGUGGCAUGUCGGUACCGGAGCACGGCUUCUGUCAGCCCAUUUCCAUCCCGCUCUGCACGGAUAUCGCGUACAACGAGACCAUCAUGCCCAACCUGCUCGGGCACACGAACCAGGAGGACGCGGGGCUGGAGGUGCACCAGUUUUACCCGCUCGUCAAAGUCCAGUGCUCCCCGGACCUCAAGUUCUUCCUUUGCUCCAUGUACGCGCCGGUGUGCACGGUUCUGGAGCAGGCGCUGCCGCCGUGUCGCUCGCUGUGCGAACGGGCGCGUCAGGGCUGCGAGGCGCUCAUGAAUAAAUUCGGGUUCCAGUGGCCCGACAGUCUCGCUUGCGAGUCGUUCCCGGUGCACGGCGGAGAGCUUUGCGUGGGUCAGAACACAUCCGAGAGGAGCGCGCCCAUCAACCCGACUCCCGACGUGACCCUAACGACACCCGACCACGCCAAAAGGUGGCAUUUUAAGUGCCCGACGUCGCUAAAAGUGCCCCCCUACCUCAACUACCGCUUUCUGGACGAGGAGAACUGCGGCGCGCCGUGCGAACCCAAGAAACUCCAUGGGAUGAUGUACUUCGACGAGGACGAGCAGAAGUUUGCGCGGAUUUGGAUCGGGAUUUGGUCUGUUUUGUGUUGCGCAUCCACUCUGUUCACGGUUCUGACCUAUUUGGUGGACAUGAAGCGCUUCAGUUACCCGGAGAGACCCAUUAUAUUCCUGUCCGGGUGUUACACCAUGGUGUCCAUCGCGUACAUCGCAGGAUUUCUCCUGGAAGACAAAGUGGUCUGUAACGAGAAGUUCGACAACGAGUUUAGGACUGUAGUGCAGGGCACUAAAAAGGAGGGUUGCACCAUUCUGUUCAUGAUGCUGUACUUUUUCAGCAUGGCCAGCUCCAUUUGGUGGGUCAUCUUGGCGCUUACGUGGUUCCUCGCCGCUGGCAUGAAAUGGGGCCACGAAGCCAUCGAAGCCAACUCGCAGUAUUUCCACCUGGCGGCGUGGGCAGUGCCAGCCAUCAAGACCAUCACCAUCCUGGCCGUGGGUCAAGUGGAUGGAGAUGUUCUGAGCGGGGUGUGCUUCGUGGGCAUCAACAGCGUGGACGCGCUCCGAGGCUUCGUCCUGGCACCGUUGUUCGUGUACCUGUUCAUUGGCACCUCGUUCCUCCUGGCGGGGUUCGUGUCGCUGUUCCGCAUCAGAACCAUCAUGAAACACGAUGGCACCAAAACCGAGAAGCUGGAAAAGCUGAUGGUGCGCAUUGGCAUCUUUAGUGUCCUGUACACGGUGCCAGCCACCAUCGUGAUCGCAUGUUAUUUCUACGAACAGGCCUUCCGGGACCAUUGGGAACAGACGUGGACUAGUCAGUCUUGCAAGACGUACGCCGUGCCCUGUCCCGCACACAACCCGCAGAUGAGCCCGGACUUCACGGUGUUCAUGAUCAAGUAUCUGAUGACCCUAAUCGUGGGCAUCACGUCUGGAUUCUGGAUAUGGUCCGGGAAAACGCUUAAUUCCUGGAGGAGGUUCUACACCAGACUGGCGAACAGUAAACAGGGCGAGACAACUGUGUGAAUAAUAAACUUUUUUUUAUUCACUUUUUCUGAUGGAAAAACUCUUUUGGUAUAUUAUGUUCAUGUUGUAAAUAAACAUUGUGAUUUUUUUGUAAGUAUAUAUUUGUAUUUAAAUCUCACUUGGAUCUUAAUCACUUCUCUUUUCUUGGGUGGGGGGGGGGGGGGUCCGACUAUAUAGUUUUGGAGAUUAUUUAUGCCUUUCAAACGGGAUAUGGAGAUUUUUCUUGGAAUAUUCUUGGUGGUGAUCUGAUGGGAUACUUUUUAAGGACACCUGUGUGUGGUUUGUAUGUAAAACUGUAUCUUUUAAUCACCGUCAGUUUUUCCAUGGGCAAAUAUUACAUUAUUUUUUUUUCCAUGCAAAUAAUGCGUGAAUUGUGCGCACAGCACUUACAGUCCCAUGCAUUUGUAGAACUAUGUUGAUUUCCACUAAAAAUCAUUUCGUCUCCUCCCUCCUUUAAAAAGAAAAAGAAGCGAAAAUCUGUGUUCCAGUGAGACACUUACAAUGGGAGUCAAUGGGGUCAAUUUUUGGAGUUUAUUAAAGGCAGAAAUGUGAAGUUUAUAAUUUGAUAAAAGCACUUCCAUGAAUUCUUCUGUUAAAACUCUGUAUUAUUUGAGCUUGUGUAUUAUGAUCAUAAACAUACAGUUUUAUCCAUUACCCAAAUUUCGCGUUGCAUGUACUAUAAACACCUUCACCGGUGUAGGCCUAGUGCCGAAUAUUGACUCCCUAAUAAGAUCCAAUCAGGAAGAGGGGAAUCUGGCGGGAGUCAGAUUUCGGCACUUAUCCAAUGUGCUUUAUGCGUCUUUACUUUUUGACUUUAAAAACGGAAUACCAUGAUGAUCUCAUGAAACGCAGUUUUCUUGCACUGUCUGUUGGUAAUAAUAAUAAAAAUAAAUGUCAUUACACACAAUACUGUGUACAUAAACAUGCUCAAUAAGUGUGGUGUGAAAAUUGGGAUGGAACUUCAUCAGAACAGCAUCGUCAUUGACUUAUAGUGCAUAUGAGUGGUGAUAGACCGAUUAUCAGUAUCAACAACCGAUUAAUAAUAGCGUCCCUUGUGCCAAACUCUACAAAUAGCCUUGUCAAAGGAUAAAACACAAUGCUCAAAUAUUUUCUGAAAUACUCUAAUAAAUUAAUUCUCUGCUGACUUAUUUUUUUAUAAGUUAUAAGAGUGUAUAGCGUUACGUUGUCAUGACAAUGAAGUUGUUAAAUUGGAUAAAUAACUUUACUGAAAAGAUUCGUGAUUUAAUCACACUGAAAUCAAAUUAACACACGUAUUGUUUAUGUCUUGUGUCUAUACUUUUGAAACAGUGAGUAUUUUAACGUUUACGGAUUGACUCCAUUGACUUCCAUUGUAAGUGUCUCACUGGAACACACAUUUGUGCUUUUUAUUUUAAGAAAAGGAGGGGCGAAUUGAAAUAACGUUUUUGUGGUUAAAUGCUGUCGAUUGAACCCUGAAUAUUCCUUUAAGCUUUAAAUUAAAGCUUUAUGGCAAAGAUUUGUCUGGGUGCUGAUGAAAUAUUGAACUGGAAAAUUGUAUGGCGGGUGAGACUUUAAUAUGGAAGAAGGAGCUAGAACAAUGCCAUAAGUGCCCGUGGUUGGCAUUGCCAGUGUGUACGGCUGAGUAAACUUAAGUGCCUUUUUCAUUUUGGAAGAUAACUUAAAUGGACCAGCAUUACGGUUGGACCUGCUCUUGCUUCUAACUAAACGAAAUGUAAUUUAUAAAGAUUCUGAGUUAAUUUCCUUCAGUGUGUGAUGAACUUUGUUGAUGUUUCUCCUUCGUUUGAAACAUGAAUCUUUUGCACAAGAAGUACCUCUAACAUACAGCUCAAACAGAAUGGACUGUGUUUGCAAUGCACUUCUCAAAAAAUGUCAUGUAGAUCUGUUGGUAAUAACUAGUGAUAUACCGAUAAAUCAGCCAGGCCGAUGAAUCGGCUAAUAUUUGGCCAUUGUGUGAUUAUCGACAUCGGCCGAUAACCAUGUUCGCUUGGGCGAUUUACAGAAGUGUUAACUUUCCCUUGUGUCAGUUCCAGAAAUCUAUCAAUAGAUUUGUCAGUGGACAGUCAACACUUUCUGUUUUCAAGGUAUUUUCUUUUCAACUUUAUGCAAAUUUGAGUAAAUAAAAAAUUAUUUGGGUAACACUUUCUAUGAAGCCCAUAUUUAUAGUGCAUUGUAAAGGCGUUAUAAAUGCAUUAUACUGCAUUUAUAACGUCUCACUAUACACCUUCAUAAUAAGUUAUAACUUUACAUAAAUAUUUAUAACUACAGUUAUAAUACAUUAUAAGACUUCCCCUAUUCAUAGUUAUACUUUAGAGUAUAAUGCAUUAUUAUAACACAAGCAACAUCCAAUGUUAACGCAGCAGAAGGUAAUAAAGUUAAUGUUAUAAGUGCUGUAUAGUGUAAACAGUCAAAAGGUUUUAUGACGUGAUCAUAUUAUAAGUGUUCUUUGCCUGCUUUAAGUAAAGUUACACAAGCAAUAUCUUAUAAACAGCCAAAACAUAAACUUGUAACAUACAGUUUAAUACAUUACAAGUCAAACUUCUAUAAUGAAAGUUAUUUAUAAAAUAAGUCAAAUAUAGAAUCGGUUUGAUUUAUUAUUAUUAUUUGUUUUUAAUUGUUGUGCGUGUUUAUACUCAAGAAGUUUGGCUACAUGUGUGAUCAACAUACAUAUUUUGAUCUAUUUGAACCUUUUAGCUACACAAGUGUUUUCCAUAAUAUCUCAAAUGUACAUUGCAUGUGUGUUAUUUUGUAUUUUGUGCAUGUGUAAUGUACAGUAUAUACCUUUCAGCAUGUCUUAUAACCACUUAAAAUAUCUUAUAAAUAUCUCAUUGCUUUUGUCACUUUACUUUAAGCAUACCUGUUAUGUAUAUUACAAAUAUUUAUAAUUCAUUAUAACUUCUGCAGAUAAAAUUAAAUGUUGCUUGUGUUAUAAUGCAUUAUACUCUAAGGUAUAACUAUGAAUAGAUAAGUAUUAUAGUGUAGUAUAAUUGUGGUUACAAAAGCUAUAACGUAUUAUAAAGUGGAUUAUGAGACAUUACUAAUGCAUUAUAAGUAUGGGCUUCAUAGAAAGUGUUAGCAUUAUUUGUUUCACUUUAGAAAUGUUGUGUACAUCUGAUUCGCUGUUGUUAAAUUGUAUUAUGUUUUUUGGCAUUUAUAUGAGCCAUCGGCCAUCCUGCUCUCUAGAUAUCAGUAACGGCCAUUGAAAGACCCAUAUGGGUCGACCACUAAUAAUAACAAUCAGUGAGCGCGUGUUCAUUCCCGGUCUUACACCGAUUAUGCUUAAUAAGCUGACAACAUGCAAGGUCAUAUAAACGCUUUAAACGGGUUUCCUUUUUCGGGGUGUGGUCUAGAACGUGUUUGCAUGCACAUUUACCGGCGUUCUUACCGGCUUAUCCAAUGUGCAUACACGUUUUUAAGUUUUGACAUCAUAAAUAAUAACCUGAUGAUUUAAAAUCUCAUGAGACACGGUUCUCUUGCGCACUCGGAUUUUUUGAAUCAGCUGACUUUUGAUAAUUAUCAGGUAUUGGUAAUAAUUGAAAAUACUUGGGAAUAAACACAUUGUAAACAUGCUCGAUAAUGUGGUGUGAAAAUUGGCAUCAGAACAGCAUCGUCAUUGACUUAUAGUGCAUAUGAGUGGUGAUAGACCGAUUAUCAGUAUCAACAACUGAUUAAUAGAAGCGUUCCUUGUGCCAAACUCUACAAAUAGCUUUGUCAAAGCACUCUUAUCAGUACCGGUCAAACAGUACAUAGUUUGUAAUGAAUCAGGGUCUUGUUCAAUGUAACAUUUGCUUCCUUUCAUAGAAAACCCCUUUACAGAACAUCAGAAAAGUCUUGAUUGUUUAUGGCAAAAAUAUCUCAUGCAAAUGAAUGUUUUUGCUUUCCCAAAGCAAUUUAUGUAAGCAGCAGCAUACACAUUGUGAUUUGACAAAGCACCGUCAGGGUAGAUUUAAAAUCCUAUGUUCUUAUGAAUGCUUUAUGCAUGAAUCUGAAAAGUAUUUAAUCACAGCAUUCAAGCCUAUAUUACAAAUUGUCUACACCGGUGACAUCUGUUAUUUUUGUUUCUCACACUUCUGGCUGUAAUACUAACAAAGAGCCCUUUAUAUUUAUAGACAAUAGUUUAUAUAUUCACAUCUUUGAAGAAUAAAGUUCACAUUUGUACAAAACAUUGCUCUGUUUUGGCAAGUGAAUUUGCCUUCAAGAGAGAUUGUAUGUCUAAUGGUUCAAUUUGAAUGGGAGUUGGAUGUGUUUUAAUUUUUUUCUCUGAACUGUCUUUGUUAUAUAGGUCUGUUUCUAUUCAGGUUAAUUACAUUUGUCAUACAAAACGUCUCAGUCGGUAACAAAAAAUGUUUAUGUUCAAAAUGUGUUUUCAGUAACACUCUGAAAUCAGGUUCUAUAUAUUUGUUAAUGCAUUAGAAAUGAUACUGUUUGAACUAAAAUGCACAAUGCUUUUACAGCAUUUAUUCAUCUUGGAUUAUGUUAAUUUUAAUGCCAUUAUUCAUUGUUAGUUCUGCUGUUAAUGUUACAAUGUGUUAGUGCAUGCAAAAAUGAAAAGUGCUGUGAAAGUAUCGUUCAUUGUUAGUUCAUGU